AGGAGGCGGAGGCGGCGGGAACCGCAGCGGCCACCCGCCGCCGUAUCUCCAUCUCUCGCCGCCCCCUUCCCUCAGUCCCUCAUGACGGUGUGGUGCUGCCGCUGCUCCCUGACCAGCCGCUUCAGAAAUUAUAGUAGUCCAGAAACUGAAGGAUGCUUUUUGAAUUCCUUAGUGCAGUAUUUUGAUGACAGUCUUGGGACAAACACUAAAACUAUGCCGUUACUACAAGAAACUACACUUCCUGUGGACCCAGCACUGACUUUGCCCAUAGUAGUAAUUGGUAAUGGACCUUCAGGAAUUUGCCUCUCUUACAUGUUGUCUGGAUAUAGACCAUAUUUAUCUCCUGAAGCUGAACAUCCAAAUCUUAUUUUGUAUAAUAAGUUAAAAGAAGCUAUUCAUCUUUCUAUCGUUGAUCAGGAAUUAGAGUACUUGGCUGAAGGCCUGGAAGGACGCUCUUCAAAUCCUGUUGCAGUUCUGUUUGACACAUUGCUUCAUCCUAAUGCUGAUUUUGGAUUUAAAUACCCACCGAUUCUUCAGUGGAAAUUUGAACCACAUCACUACAUUCCUCAUAUGGUGCUUGGCAAAGGACCACCUGGUGGUGCUUGGCAUUCUAUGGAAGGUUCUAUGCUCACCAUCAGCUUUGGAAACUGGAUGGAAUUACCUGGAUACACAUUUAAAGAUUGGGCUGCUACUAAACGGAGAAAUAUAAAGUGUGACAGAGUUCUGCCAGAGGAAGUUGCAAAUUAUUACAAGCACUAUGUUAAAAUCAUGGGCUUACAGAAAAACUUCAGAGAAAAUACUUAUAUAACAUCCGUGUCAAAGUUUUAUCGUGACCAGGACUGUGAAGGUGAAAGCCCUUUGCAAAUGGAAGAACAGGGUGGGCAGACUCCACUGAUCAAGAGAAACUGGGAAAUACGAGGUUAUCAGAGAUCAGCAGAUGGCUCUCAUAUGCCAUUCUGUUUGUUUGCUGAGAAUGUGGCUCUGGCCACUGGAACUUUUGAUGCUUCUGGCCGACUGCAAGUUGAAGGAGAAGACUUCCCUUUUGUGCUCCAUACCAUAUCGGAUUUUGGAGCUGCCAUAGAUAAAGGAAUAUUACAUGGGAAAACAGAUCCAGUUUUAAUUAUAGGUGGUGGACUCACAGCAGCUGAUGCAGUUCUGUGUGCUUAUAAUAAUAAUGUACCUAUUAUUCAUGCAUUCCGUAGGAGAGUCACUGACCCAAGUUUAAUUUUCAAGCAAUUACCGAAAAAACUUUACCCAGAAUACCAUAAAGUCUACCAUAUGAUGUGUACUCAGUCAGUUACUCUGGAUUACAAUUUGCAUCCUGCUUAUACCAGUUUCCCUGAACAUCAAGUACUUUCUUUUCAGCCCGAUAUGAAAUGUAUCCUACAGAGUACAUCGGGAUUAAAGAAGAUCUUAAAAUUCUCUUUAGCUGUAGUCUUAAUAGGUUCUCAUCCUAACUUAUGUUUUCUAAAGGACCAAGGCCAGAGCAUAUGCCAUAAUCCAAAUGAACCAGUUACGUGCAAGGGCAACCCCAUUGAAAUUGAUCCAUAUACAUAUGAGUGUAUAAAGGAACCCAACCUUUUUGCGCUUGGUCCACUGGUUGGAGACAAUUUUGUACGCUUUUUAAAAGGAGGAGCAUUGGGAAUUACACGGCAUUUAGUUGCAAAGCAGAAGAAACAUCAAUUUAUAGUUGAAAGAGACGCAGAUGGAGUCCCCUAAAGCAAAUAGACAUAGACAUGAUCUGAGGAUCUGCAGGCAUAUGCUAAUAACUGGUCCAUUAAUAACUAAGUGAUUAGUCUUGGUUUUGUUAUGCAUACCAGUUUUUUUGUGCUUGCAUUGCCUCAUAGAGGAAGAUGCUACAACAGUAUUGCAGCCUUGCACAAUGCAAAAAAAAAAAAAGCAGUUUUUCUGGAAUUGCUUCUAAUUAAGGCAACUGUAAUGGAUAACAAUGCAUGCCAAUUUGCUUUGGUAUCAAAGCUUAGAAAUACAUAUGUAUGUAUAUAUAGAAAAAGUUUUUACUCAUAAGCUAAUUGUUUUGCUAUACAAAACUAGAUGAGUAUUUAAGAAUAGAAUUUUCUCCUUAACAUAGAUUAAGGCAAAUGUUCAGCCAGUUAUUUGCAGCAAAGAUUUUAUAAAGCCAACAUGAGAAUGUUGCAUAUUCAGAAUCUCAAGGAGUUACAAAUUAGAGAUGUGCCUAAUCUCUUACAUCUGAAUCACAACUAGUGCUUGAGUCUAAUGAAGGCACCAGUCAUUAAUCAAAUACAUGCAGUACAAUCCAGCUAAAUCUGACAUUUCACACACAAGUCAUGCUCCAGAGAAGCAUGUGGAGAUGGGGAGAACUUGCCCAUAAUUUAUUGUAGUUUCUAUUACAAUUCCAUUACAGUUCUGAGGCAAAAUAGCUUGUUAAUUAUGGGAGCUAUUGCUAUAGAAACUACAAGGAUAAUUUGUGGUUCCCUUUGUAUUUAAUUUUUAUGAAUUAUGAAUGCUUAUUUUUUAGCAUCCUAAACUUUUAAUAAGUACAUUGGCUGCAAUUCCUAUGGACAUCAAGAUGCAUGUGUGGCAGAUUAUUUUCCUAAUCUUCCCUUCAAUUUUUUGUCAGUCCUGCCCCCCUGCCCCCUUUAAACCUGGGAUGUUUACUAUUAGGUAAGAUGAGAAAAAAAGAACAAAAUGCAAUUUACUGCUAAUGUACUAAAUAUAUAGAACUGGGAUCGCUAACCAAUUAUUAUAAAAGUCGGCAAGAAUGAAAGGCAUUUACUUUUAAUUCAGUUUUCCCUUAUGUAUAUUAUGGAGUAUGAAACAGUAAUUCUGGGUUAAAUUGCGUGUGGAAUUAAAUGAAUGUCCAGCAUUUAAAGUGUGCCUAUUUUUCAUUGUAGGGAUGAACUUCAGGGUUGCCAAUAAUUUUAAAAUAAAAGCA